AUGAUCUUCCCUCCGAGACAUUUUGGUUUCACCGCUGAGCCGCAAGUGCGGCUAAGACCUGGAUGUCGGUCCUGCCAGCCGGAGCGCGGCGACGCCUUCCGUGCUCGCAGCAGAGCUGCUUCCACGCCCAAGUUCCACUUUCAGUCGCCGCCGCCAUCCAAGUCGCACAAAGUUGGCGCUCGGGCUACCAAGCUCGCUGGACCCUACUUCCGCGGCCACACUCUGCAGCUCCGCCCAGCCCCAAAUCCUGAGUUCGAGGCUUUGAAGUCUGCGCGCAUCAAUUUGCUCCGCCCGCGCAACAAGCUCGCCAACGAGGCGCCUGUCCGUGGGUACUGGUAUUACGCCGGCCCAGGAUCGCCCGUCGGAAAGUAUGGCUCUUCUGCCGAUCGUGAUCAUCCGACAACGGAACCUGCCGGCGAACCUUCUUCAAACCAUCCUGCGGCCUUCGCGCGUUGGAUUUGCGUCCUGGGUGCGCUUCGCCUCACUCGAAUCGGAAGAAUCGGCUUCCGAGUGCACGCCCAGAACACCUACCUGCAUGUCUCGGCUGAUUGGCUCCGUCUGCCCUCGAUCCAAGCAUUGCCUGCGUCCCAAAUUCACUCGGUCUGCCAUGUUCACCUCGGAGCCCGUCAGACGGGUGCGAGGUCCACUGCUUCUCGGCACGAACAAUGCACCAGUUUGCCCAGAGCUAAUGCUCUUAUCGAUACCAUGGGCCUCUCGCCGUAUAGCUCGUACAGUCUCUUGAACACGGUGACCCCCGCUUGCGCGUUUGGCAUAGGCCCAUAA